GAGUUAUCCAACGUCGUCACUCGCGCCAAUAGCACGUUAGAUGAAACAUCAUCAAACCCAUUUCCUUGAGUUUAAACCAAAUGGAAAAGCGAUAUCUUGAAUUGGAUUCCCACUAGCAGCCCACUUAACAAAAACUGAUUCUGAAAUUUUGUUACGAAAAUAAGUUUUUUUUUUUUUUUUAUUUUAGAUUUCUCUCAAAUGUUUGGUUAACGAUGGCGUUGAGAUCGUCGGGUAGUAGAAAGCUGUCUUUCGAGAUUUUAGGCAAGAGUGGCUCUUUUGAAGAAGGGGAGCGAUCUUUAUUUUACCGGUCGAAUUCAGAUCCGGUUCAAUCCCUAAACGGCGUCGCUCAGUUCUCCCGCAGUAGUCGGAAGAAGAGGAAACACAGGAAGAAGAAGGAGGCGACGGCGGAGUUCCCGAUAAUUCUGGAAGAUCCGGUUGUGAAACGGAGCGGGAGUGACAGCGUCUUGGUGGAGUCGAAUUCCGAUAAUUACGGGAUCAGAGAUAAUGGAAACGUUAACGAGCUCAGUUACGUUGCUGGCGGGAGCGUCGUGGUGGUGGAGGAGAGCGUGUGCCAGAAUGUGUGUGGUUUUGGGGAAUUGAGGCAGAGGAAUGUCAGUGGUGUUGUAGGUGGCGGGGGAGAGGAGAUGGCUACGGUGGCAGCGAGGCCGGACGAGGGUGGUGUGGAGGUGAGUAGUUCGAAGGAGCCGUUGCCGCCGGCACCGCCUCAGUCAGUGGCGAAUGGGAAUGUAGUGAAUAAGCUGGAGACUACUGAGUCGUUGGAUUGGAAGCGGCUUAUGGUAGAGGAUCCUCAUUAUCUUUAUACAGUGGAUAAAUCACCAGUGAAAUACUUUUUGGAAGAAAUGAAUAAUGGAAACUCGUUGCGGAGCACCACAACACUUGGUAGUGAGAAAGGACGAGAGAGAGUGUAUGACACCAUCUUUCGCUUGCCGUGGAGAUGUGAAGUGCUCAUAGAUGUCGGCUUCUUUGUCUGCUUCGAUUCGUUUCUGUCCUUGUUAACUAUCAUGCCAACAAGGAUUCUGAUUACGCUUUGGAGGCUCCUGACUACAAGGCAGUUCAAGAGGCCUUCUGCAGCAGAGCUGUGUGAUUUUGGCUGUUUUGCUGUACUGGCCUGUGGAGUCAUUCUCCUGGAGCGAACAGAUAUUAGCCUGAUAUAUCACAUGAUUCGUGGUCAAGGAACAAUCAAACUCUAUGUGGUUUACAACAUAUUGGAGAUAUUUGAUAAAUUAUGCCAAAGUUUUGGUGGAGAUGUGUUAGAAACCCUUUUUAAUUCUGCAGAAGGACUAGCAAAUUGCUCUCAGGAAAAAAUGAGAUUCUGGAUUCGUAGAUUUGUUUCUGACCAAGCAUUGGCUAUGGCUUUCUCAAUUCUUCAUUCUUUUAUUUUAUUAGCUCAGGCAAUUACUUUAUCAACUUGCAUUGUUGCUCAUAAUAAUGCACUAUUUGCUUUGUUGGUAUCUAAUAACUUUGCUGAGAUAAAAAGUAAUGUCUUUAAGCGCUUUAGCAAGGAUAACAUCCACCGUCUGGUAUACUCCGAUUCAGUAGAGAGAUUCCACAUUUCAGCAUUUCUCUUAUUCGUUUUAGCUCAAAAUAUUUUGGAAGCUGAGGGUCCUUGGUUCAAAAGUUUUCUUCUCAAUGCGCUUGUGGUUUUCUUUUGUGAAACGUUAAUCGAUAUUAUAAAACAUUCAUUCCUUGCCAAAUUCAAUGAUAUGAAGCCCAUUGCGUACUCUGAAUUUCUCGAAGAUCUGUGCAAGCAGACUUUGAAUAUACAAACUCAAGAUAGCAAGAAAAAUCUCACUUUUGUUCCUCUUGCACCAGCUUGUGUGGUCAUUCGAGUGCUGACUCCAGUAUAUGCUGCUCACCUCCCAUACGGCCCCCUGCCAUGGAGAUUCUUUUGGAUCCUCCUCUUGAUUUCCAUGACCUAUGUCAUGCUCACAAGCCUGAAAGUGAUGAUUGGCAUGGGCCUUCAAAAACAUGCAACUUGGUAUGUCAAUAGGUGUCGUAGAGGAAAACAACAUCCUCACUUUGAUUGAUUUAGAACAACAAAGGUGGGUAUCAUCAGAAGCUCCUGUUGCACCCAUUUGAUUUCACCUGGUCGGAGAAACGCUCAGAUUUCUUGGUGAGACAGGUAGCAGGAUACAACAUAUGAUAUGGUAAUUGGACUCCCAAAUACAGGGGAUUUACAUGUACAACAUGGGUUUUCCUUCCAAUUUUGUAGAGAAUAAUCACUGGCUGGUUUCAAAGGUUUCAAUGGUACUAUUUCUCUCGUCUUCUGGUGCA